GCCAAAGGGUGGAGCCAAGCCCCAAGCUUCAGGAGGCCUGGCAGAUCUGAUCUGCGCUUGCGCUUGUGUGGGAGUAGACUCUGACAUCGCCCCGUCACCAAGGUAACACUGACUCGCGGGAGCCUGCCAUGAUCUCAGGAACUGGAGGAAGCUGGGGUCGUCCCCCAACACAGACUGCAGCCCCACCGGUGAGGGCUGAGCUGGGGAGCAGAGACUGCUUCUGUCAGGGAGUCCUAGAGCCUUGGGUGACUAUCCUGCAGCCCCUCUCCUGGGCCGUCCCCCCACCACCCCAGCAGCCAGGCCGCAUGAAGGAAGACCUGCUGGAGCUGAUGAUGCUGCAGAACGCGCAGAUGCACCAACUGUUGCUGGGCGGCCUGGUGGCCUCAUCAUUCAGCCCAGGGCUGGCGCCCCCCUGGCCUCAGGUCUACCUGGAGGGCCAGGAGGAGAAUGAGGCGGAGGAGCUGCUGGAGGCCCAGGAGGAAGGGCCCCUGGUGUUCCACCACCACUACGUGCCCUGCCCGCUGCCCACUCUGGGCGCCCUACCACCCUGGCCGGCCUCUUUCCUGCCCCCUCCCCCACACCAGCCCCACGUGCAGGACAUGACCAGGACUCAGCCCUGCCCUCCUGCCUUUGGGAAAAGGGGCGCGAGAGCUGUGCCCCCACCCCCACCACCCAGUGCCACAGGGACUGUGGGUGCAGAUGUACCUCCAGCUUCAGACUACUAUGAUGCCGAGAGCUUACCCUGAGGACCGGGCUGGCUUCACUGCAGGCUGGAGACAGCCCCACGUGCCCUCUAGUCCCUGCUGACUCUACACCCGUGCCUGGCAGCCCUUCCGCCCCGCCAGCCCCCGCCAGCCCCACCCACUCCCCAGCCCCAGUGAAUGAGCCCCUCGCACUGGCCUGCUCUGCUCUGGAGCAGGAGCCCGCAGAGCACCGCCCAGGCCCGAGGCCCGUGAGCGCCCGCUCUGCCCACUGUUUCCUGCCUGGGCAGGGGGAGGCCUGGGCACCAGGGCCACCCUCCCCGCCCCUCUCUCCCCUGUCUCUGGCAUGGCCAGGGCUGUGGGGUCUCCGUUGGGCCUCCGUUUGCUCUGAAGGCCCAGAGUGAUGGAGAGGCCUGGCUGGGAGGGUCCUGGAGCUGAGCCGGGUCCCUCAGGCCCCUCAACCCAGGAAGCUGACUCCAUUGGCAGAAAGGAGAAGUCAGGGCUGUGUCCUGCUCAGACCAGGUGGGGCUGAAGUCCCGGAAGGGUGAUGUGGGAACAGGGUCUCUCUGCCCUGCCAAGCCGGGGCGUGUCCCCCUCCUUCCUCCAGGAGGGAUUAGGCACUCAGGGCCCCACAAAGGCGGGGUCUGGUUCCCCAGCUGCUCAGCAUCGGGGUACCCCAGGGCCUGGGCCCUGGGAGGGGGGGAGGGAGAGAAGUCCAGGCCCAGCAGGUCCCCUUCCUGGCCCGUGAGUGUUGCCUCAGGAGGACAGUGCGGCUCGGGGCUAAGUCCAGGGGUUUGUAUUUGAGCUAGAAAGUGAGUCCCCAGAGUCCUCUGCUGCUUGUCGCCAUCCUUCAGCCGGAGCUGGACCACAGCCCAGGAGCCACGGUCCAGUUCCGUGGGCGCUGCGCUCACACAGGACGUGCCUGGUGGGACCCCCGCAGGUUCCUCCAGGCAUCUUGCACCCAGUAGUUGCCUGUCCGGCUCUGGCGCCACUGCUGGCCACAGACAAAGCACAGCACGACGGCUGUCACAAACAAGAUGAGCAGCAAGGACACCACGAUGAUGACGACCAGCAGGUUGUCCUGUGGGGGCUCUGGGGAGAGAGGGGCAGUGGUCUCAGAAGCCCUGUGCUUCCCGGUCCAGGGUACCCACACCCCUGUCCACUCUGCAGUCGCCCUGCGGCGCAGGCAAGGGCGGGCGGCAUCUGCCCCAAAGACCGAGAGGAAGGGGCCUCCUGUCCAGGCCGGCAGCCCGGCCUCUGCGUCGUGAGGCAGGUGUCCCCCUGCACCUGGCCUGGGGCGGGCGUCGCUCACACCUGCCCCGGAAGGCGCAUGGCCCAGGCCCAGCCUCCGCCCUGGCGCGAGGACCACGCGUCCGCUCGAGGCAGCUUCGGGGCAGUCAGGCCAAACCCCCCCUUGCGGAGAAAGGCCGAGGCCAGAGAGGAGGCUGACUCCUGCCGGUCACCGCUCAUGGCCAAGCAACUAGUUGGUGUCCAAGCCGGGAACUGGGAAAGAGCUGCCCGGAAGAGGGGACCCCCGAGUUGGCAGAGUGGGGCUCAGGGGCUGAAUCCCAGUGCCCUCUCCUUCCCUCCUCGACGCAAGGGCGCCCCUCACCAUAGACCUCAAGCUCCUGGGACGCCCAGCCGCUGUGCGGGAGGCCCCAGCCUGGGGACAGCACGUCCAGCUCCGCCCGGCAGGAGAAGGUGUGGGAGCCUGCUUGCUCGGGAGCCGUGGAGUUGUGUGUGACCACGGCCUCCUGGGGGUCUGUUGAUUCUUCCUCAAAGGUCUGGUUGUGCAGGGGCUUCUCACCAUGGAACAGGGUGAGGGUGAGGCUCUUGAGGGGUGCCACCGCCUGCACCCUGCACUCAGCGGUGAAGGAGCUGCCCACGGCCACCCGGGUGGGCUGCAACGUCAGCAGCACUAGCUUGAGGGGGUCUGCAGGAAAGAGCGUGCUCUGGUCAGAAAGGUGCAGGCCCAGCAGGCCCACAGAUUUCUGUUAAUGGAACCUUUGAUGGGUUAAAAAAAAUUUCAAACAGGGCCUCCCCUGUGGCGCAGCAGUUGAGUGCUGGGCUGUGAAGCUGCCCGCAGCCUCCACAGUGCCAGUUCGAUCCCCGGCUACCGGCGAGGGUCCCACAUGGUGUGCAGACCUCUCCUGCCGCCCACUGCUCCCCUCAGCAGUGUACUUCUUUGUCAGCCUGUCUGUUCUGUUCCCCGCUCUGGCUCUGGUGAAUUCUCUCACCCUCCGGCGCUUCUGACUGUACCCAGUGCUUGUAUAAAUAAAUGAAUAAAUCUUAAAAAAAAGAGAAAUUUUAAAAAACAAACAAACAAACAAAAAAAUUUCCUACAAAGGACUGAAUAGACCUGGAAAUACAUUUGAUUUUUACUAAGUUUUCUUUGACUUAAUACCGGUAAAUUUUUUUUUUUUUUGUAUUUUGUUCUGAAUCCACAAAAUUUCCUUGUUUUGACUGACCAGGACCUGCAGCAAUGUUAAAUUGCUAACUUGUGUUUGCAUUUUCUUUCCCCUUGAUACCAACACAGCAUGAAAAUAGUGGUAGUAAUUUUUACUACUCAUGUCAGUGUCUAUUUUUGCAUAACUUCCAUAGGGAUUUUGUCUGCUUAAAACAUAAACAAUUGCAGAUGAGUUUUAUUGUGUGGAUUUCAAUGUUCUCCCAGGAAGCUGAAAUAGAGCUGAACCAAGAAGAGGAGAACCUGCUGCUUUGUUUGUAGGGUUCCAGAGACUUCCAAAGAAGGUGAGGAAGCUGCCUCCAUGGGCAGGACUGGACAACCCAGACAAAGAAAAAGCCCUGGUACCCUCGAGAAGAGGAAGCCCAGGUGGAGUCUGGUGAGACCAACUUUGUUCAUGAAGCCUGCGUGGCCCGGAUGUCAAGAGUUUGCUCUGAUCCUGUAUGGAGUGUUCCAACAGAGCCAGCUACAAUUGCUGUUUAGUUAUUCUGCCCUAUGAUUUUAUACAAAAAUAGGUAAUAUGGUUUCAAAGUAGAUUGAGUUUCCAAACUUUUGCUAUGCUGUUGAAAUAAUUAGGGAUCAAGGUUGAAAGAACUUGUUUUUGUUUUUUUUUUACAUAAGUUCAACUAAUUUUAAGAUUUUUUUUCUGUUAUUUUGAUAUAUUGGCUGUCUUGUUUUGGCUAAUGCCUCCAGAUUUUUUUUUUUUUUUUGCUUUUGGCUUGGAUAAAGGACUAUUUUCCAAAAUGUAAAGCUGUCAUACUGGACAUUCAUGGACAAGGCUGCUGCUAAUUGUUGCUUCUCUUACAUACACUGUAACCCUGAAAAAAGACUGUCUCCUAAGACUACACGCUGAGAUCUGUGCCACAUAGAUACGGUGGAAUAAAAAUUAAAAGGGGGGAUUGGAACAGGGAGGUCCCAGGAAAGGGGGAGGUUCCAGAUUUCCUGCCCCACCCAAAAGGAGGGUGGAGCUGAGCAGGGAGAGAAGAAGCUGCAGAGGAGCCUGGGGAAGGAAGGGAGCAGGAUGGAGCCAGAGGAGACCUGGAGGAGGCACAUGGAGCACAUGGAGCCGAGAGACUCAUGAAGAAACUGCUCUUGCCAUUUGGUCGUGGACGGGGUGACACAGACGUGGGUGAGAGACGUGUGGGAGGUGACAAUGGCCGUUUUUGUCUUGAUUAUGAUUAUUUUCUUUUCCUUCCAGACUUGUCUGGUGGUUUCUGAUUCUUCUCUGUGGGUCCCCACUGGAAGGUGCUUUAGACUGAGGCAGGCUUUGGGGCCUUGCUCUGGGCCAAUCCUGCUUGGGUGGACUUUUACCCAUGAGGGGACGGGUCACUUUGGGUGCUUGAUUUAGAAACUAGAUUCUUUGCCUUUCCAGUAUUGUUUCCUAACUGUAUUAAAGUUCCUUCCCAUUAAAGUCUCCUAUGUUUUGUGUUGAUGCCGCGGAUGGCAGAACCCAUUUAGAGUAGGCAGCAGUUGUGCGGGGUCUGGGCUGCCCCUCUCCCUGCCCUGGAACACCCUCGCCUUCCCUCCCCCACGCGAGGGCGCCACUCACCAUAGACCUCAAGCACCUGAGACGCCCAGACACUGCGCGGGAGGCCCCCACCCAGGGACUGCAGGUCCAGCUCCGCCCGGCAGGAGAAGUUGUGGGAGCCUCCUUGCUUGGGAGCCGUGGAGUUAUGUGUGACCACGGCCUCCUGGGGGUCUGUUGUUUCUUCCCCGAAGGUCUGGCUGUGCAGGAGAUUCUCACCACGGAACAGGGUGAGGGUGAGGCUCUUGAGGGGUGCCACCUCUGGCACCCUGCACUCAAUGGUGAAGGAUCUGCCCACGGCCACUCGGGUGGGCGGCAACGUCAGCAGCACUUGCUUGGGGGGGUCUGCAGGAAAGAGGAGCAUGCUCUGGUCAGAAAGGUGCAGUCCCAGCAGGCCCACCUGGCCAGGACCACCCUGGUGUCCCCCACCUGGGCUCCCAGGUCCCGGCUGGACUUGUGGGGGAGGAGGUGGGCUGGGGCCUGGCCUGCUGUAGAGCAGGGAGAGAGGAAGAGGGAAGCAGCUUGGGGUGAAGGACGUACUGGGUGGAAAUUUUAUGAAUGGAUGGAUUCUGGGCUGGGCAAGAUUGAAGGUGGUCAGUUGUCCACAAAGAAGGCCUAGAAACUGUAUGGCCAACCGGGAAUAUGAAAGUUUGGGUCUGUCGCCUUGCUCUCCAGAAAUUAAAUCAAAUUUCAUAAAUUAACCAGUUGGGAGCCUCCGGGUAGUCUAGGGGUUAAGUCUCAGCGUUAUCAUU